AUGGCACAGACAAGCUGUUUGGUGGAAAAAGAUUGCCAAGGCAGACUGUUUGAGAGGACAUAUGGCACAUACACGCUGUUUGGAGGCACAGAGAAGCUUUUUGGGGACAAAGUUGGCACAGUAAAGCUGUACUGGGACACAGCUGGGACAUACAAGCUGUUUAGAGGCACAGACAAGAUGUUUGGGGGCAAAGAUGGCACCAUAUCUAAGCCAGUGAUGGAGAAGAAAAGGAGAACCAGAAUUAAUAACUCUCUGGAGCAGCUGAAAACCUUGCUGGAGAAACAUUAUUCCUACAACGUGAGAAAAAGGAAGCUAGAAAAAGCAGAUAUCUUGGAACUUACAGUGAAAUACAUUGAGUUGCUGCAGAAUGUCAGACAAGGAAUGAAUCUUGUAGAUCAUCAGGAAGUCAGUGAGUAUAAAGAAGGAUUCAAAGGAUGCUUGACCAAACUCAAUGACUACCUACAAAGGACCAAGUACUGCCAGGACAACCUGGGGCUGAGGAUUACUGAACACCCAAACACACUUCAAUCAUUAUCUCAAGUUUGCCAACGGCCAGUAACAUUGUUACCAAAAACUGGACUCGGAUGUUCUGUAACUGUGAAACUUGAACAUGCAAAAGGGGUAUCCGUCUUAGGAUCUUCUAAGAUCCCCUUGGAAAAUCAUAUGGGGUCAGUAGGACCUAGAAGCACAGAAGCCGCCCCAUUACACAAUGUCAUUAAUAUUCCAGCCAAAUUAAAUUAUCUGGAAAACAAAUCAUCCGAAAGCAAAAGUCACCAAGGUGGUCAGAGAGCAUCUCAGAGCUUUUCAACAGGCCAUCGCGGUGUCAAUGUGUCUCCACCCAACCCAGGGCAAGAAUCUCAGCAAAAAUGCUGGAGGCCUUGGUAA